GGGGAAGUAACCGUUGCGGGUAGUUUGACAAACGUCGUUAUCACAUACAUUUCGUUCGCAUCUUAACUACUUCCGGUUAAAAAACAACAACAACAUAGAAAAUUACUUUUUUUCGAAGAUGUCCUUUUGAUAACUGCAAUUGUCCUAUCACUACACAUUUGCACACCUAAAGAAGAGGAUAUGUUAAAACUGACCAGGCUAGGGGACUGACUUCAACAUCCAGCAUCAAUGUCAUUCUUGAAUUGUAGCAGAUCAAGUGAAAAAGUAUCAAGUCCAACAGACUCCCCACCAUAUGACAAGGAAAAAUAUUUGAAAAGCAAGGACCAAAAUGCAACAUCACCUGUAGGUAGCCAGAAUUCUAGCAAAGGGGAUUUCCCCAAUAUAAUGUUGGAAUAUGGCAAUGAACCAUUGCAAUAUGAUAUUUAUACUACCAUAGGUAAAGGUUGUAAUGAGGCUGCUACUAUAUCAGUGGCUAAACACAUCGCCUCAGGUCAUAAUGUGGCCAUCAGACAGGUGGAUCUUGACAAAUUAGAGAAUGAAGCAAGUGUGAAUUCUGUCCAGAAUGAGAUAGUGUUGUGUAGGCAGCUUAACCAUGAAGCUAUUUUACCAUACUACACCUCCUUUGUACACAAUAAUGAAGUCUGGACCAUUAUGCCGUUAAUGGCUUACGGUUCAUGCAGAGAUUUGAUGCAUGCAUAUUUUACCAGUGGGUUGCCAGAACAAGCGAUUGCUUAUAUACUAAGAGAUAUUCUAAAUGCGUUAGAAUACCUUCAUGCUAAAGGGAUAAUACACAGGGGAGUGAAAUCUAGUCACAUACUUAUAUCAGCUGCGGGUCGUGUGUGUUUGUCGGGUAUGAGAAAUGCCUUUCAACUUUUACAGCAUGGAGAAUUGCGGAAACUAGUGUAUACAUAUCCAGACAAUCCUCGAAAAAUGCUCUGUUGGUUUAGUCCAGAAAUACUUGAACAGAAUUUGAGCGGUUAUGAUACAAAGUCAGACAUCUAUAGUCUUGGUAUAACAGCUUGUGAACUGGCCAAUGGUUAUGCUCCAUUUACUGAUAUGCCCGCCACACAGAUGUUACUAGAAAAGUUAAAUGGAACAAAACCGGUGUUAGCCGAUUGUACAACAAUUGCAGAUCUCACAGCUGAUGAAAAUGUCACAAACUCUGAUGUUCCAGAGGAUUCUGGUAUAGAUAACGUGUCAGGCUCCAUCCAGAAGAACAGUGCCCUAGGUUAUGCCUAUAAUAGAACAUUCACCCAAAACUUUCACCAGUUUGUAGAACUGUGUCUAGAACGAGAUCCGGACAGAAGGCCUACAGCAACCAUUCUACUAAAUCAUCCAUUCCUAAAGAAUCUGAGAAAAAGGUGUACGUCUGUGUUACCGUCAUUGCUUCAUCCGGUUACACCACUUCUUGAUGUUUCCAAACUACCAAAAGAUGAUUCAGCAGUAGAAGACUUGGCAGAAGAAAUGGAAGACCUCCAUUUUGAUGAGGACUGGGAAUUCUAGACAAUUUGUACAAUACUUAAAUACUUAUUCUAAAAUUUACACCCUCAACACUUAGUCUAUAAGUUACAUCCUCAGUUAAAUUUAUUUGUAAAAUUUUAGCCUUGUGGCUUAUGAAAUAAUCUUUAGAUUGUAAGACACAAAACUAAUUUGUAGCUUAUUAUUAUUGUUUAUUGCAGUAGUUGUUAAGCAUUGCUUUUCAUUAUUUAUCAUUAUUUUAUAACCAAAAGCUAGCAUUAAGAGUAUACAGUGCUGCACAUUUGUAACAUGGCUUUUCAUUGGAUAAUAGUGAUGAUUAUAAUUGAGCCGCGUCACAACAAAACCAACAUAAUGCGUUUGCGACCAGCAUGAAUCCAGACCAGCUUGCACAUCCACGCAGUCUGAUCAGGAUCCAUGCUGUUUGCUUACAAACUCUAUUACAAAUAGAGAAACUGAUAGCAAAAAGAAUGGAUCCUGAUCAGACUGUACAGACACGCAGGCUGGUCUGGAUCCAUGCUGGUCGCAAACGCAUUACGUUGGUUUUGUCGUGACGCGGCUCAUAUAAAGUAUAUAUGGCAGCUGCUGUCAAUUUAUGAAUUUAUUUCAUUUUUUACAAGUACGGAAAUAUAUGUAAUAAGAUUGUUAUAACAAUUUUCUGACAGGUUAUAUGGCUGUAUAUAAGCAUUUAUUAUUUACAGUUAUUUAGUAAUGAAAUGUUGAAAAACAUUUAUGAAAUGAAUGCGUAUUUUAAUUAUCAGUAUUUUCACUUUAAACAUUUAUUUUUUACUUUACUGAAACAUAGUUACCAUAUUUUCACUGGUGUUUUGCAAGACUACUUUCUUCUUAAUUCAGGCAAUACACAAAAUUAAGUAGAAGUGUUAAAAAUUGUAAGGUCAAUAAAAAGAAAAAGCAUUUAAUAUAAAACAGAAAAUUCUUUUUUUCUCUAUAAAAACAGGAUUUAUUUUCAUUUUGUGAUAUGAAAAUUAUGAUAUUUUUUCACGAGUGGCUAGAUUUAUGUUCAUACCACUUUAUGAAAAUAAAUCCUAUAUUAAUAUUAUUGUAGAAAAAUCUUAAAUAUCCUUUAUUUGUUUGCAAGAUUACCCUGACCAGGCUGUUCUGGUUAUAUAUGCUGACAACCGUUUAUGUAGGGCCAUAUAACCUUUCAAAAAUCAUUUUGUUAACCAAUAAUAUAAAUUCAACACAACAGCUUAUAUAAUUCUUUAUUUUUAUUUCAAUACCUUAAAAAUCCAUUAUUUUUUAAUACAAAAAUGCUGAUAAUAAAUAAUUAAAUAAUUUUAACGGAUUCCCAUAAAUAAUUGAAGCUAGUAAUAAACAAAGGUAACAAUAGCUUUAAUUUUCAUUAGCAUCAUCAGCAAAACAAUUUUUGGUAAUUUUCUUUGAGGUUUACGCGGUAGAAACCUUUGUUUCUUAUUUUAUAAAUAUUUGAAUUCAUAUAAAUCCAUGUUUAUCAUUAAUUUUGUAAUAAAUUAAAUUCAUAGAAAUUUUUGCGUCAGAUCUAUAGUUUGUUCCACAGUUUAGUUUAACUUAUUUGCUUUGCUUUAGGCUUUUUUAUUUUUAAAUUUUGCUGCUUUGACUUUGAACAAAACUAUUGCUGAAGGAGAACACUUUUGAUGCAUUGACAAAUUUUCCUUCUUAUACACAAAUGGUCAUAGAAAUAUUAAUAUAUUACUAAAAAUCAUACAAAACUUACUGAACACUGUUAGUUUUUUAUGAAUAUAGCAAAAUAGUCUCAUAUCAGGCAUGACAGUUUUAAAUACUGCAUUUGAUAAAACGACUCUUUUUGCAGUGUUGAUGUAGUAUAUUUAAUCAUUUGACUGUUGGUUUAAAGUUAACACAAAUUAUUGUUCAUUGAUGUUUAGAUGAUGUUGUACAAUAAGUUACUUAUUGACCAAUACAGUGAUGGUUAUUGAACUUUGUUGACCUUUGCUAUAUAUGUAUUAUAUGAUUUUUAUAUGUAAGUAUGUAAAUAGAAACACAUGUGAUGCAAGUUUUGUUAAGUUUUUGUAGAAUGUUCUGUAAUACACUAAAUAUGGUAAAUUUGUAUAAGUCAAAUAAUAAACUUAUGAGAAAUUGCUUGAAA